AUGGUGAAGGUGGUGCGCGGCGGCGGAUUCGAGGGCAUCCGCUGCAUCACGCACGUGUUGAACCUGGUGGAGCUGGGCUGUUCCUUCGGUGAGCUCUCCGCCCAUGAUUCUGAGAAGCUGCUUCGGGUGAUCCUGUCCUCCCAGCAGCCAGACAGGGGCAAGAAGGCCCAGGCCUUCCUCACCACCCAGGGGCUGGAGCCAGAGAUGGUGGCGGAGCUCGUGGCUGAGGAAGUCACCCGAGAAGUGCUGGCGCCUUUGCAAGGAAAAGGGGAAAAGCAAGUCUUAAAUCCAGCAGAGGAGAGCGAGGCGUUCCUGCAGUUGGCCAAACUGUGCCAGGACCCCACCCUGGUUGGCGUGAAGCUAUUGGAUAAAAUUUCAUCUGUCCCUCACGGGGAGCUUGCCUGCACUACAGAGCUCCUGAUCCUCGCCCAUAAUUGCUUCAGCCUCACGUGUCAUAUGGAAGGGAUUAUUCGCGUUCUCCAAGCUGCCCGAACGCUCACGGACGAACACUUAGCACCCAGCGAAGAAUACGGCCUUGUUCGACUUCUCACUGGCAUCGGCAGGUACAACGAGAUGGCCUACAUCUUUGACUUGCUGCAUGAGAAGCACCACUUUGAGGUGCUAAUGAGAAAGAAGUUGGACCCGAGCGGGACCCUCAAGACAGCGCUGCUGGACUACAUCAAGCGCUGCCGCCCAGGAGACAGCGAGAAGCACAACAUGAUCGCCCUCUGCUUCAGCAUGUGCCGGGAGAUUGCGGAGAACCACGAGGCGGCAGCCAAUGUCCAGCUGAAGCUCAUUGAAUCCCAGCCUUGGGGAUGCGAAGAGGACUUCUGUGUGCGUCAGUCCUUGCGCUGCAAGAGGCUGACAAAGCUCAUUACGCUGCAGCUCCACUUCCUGAACACCAACCCCAAAACCAAGCUGAUCAACCUGAGCCAGAAGAGCCUGCUGGAAUGUGCCAUGUCCCUGCCCAGGUUCUACCCGGCGGCAGUCGUGGCUGAGGCCUAUGACUUCGUUCCGGACUGGGCUGAAGUCCUGUAUCAGCAAGUGAUUGUAAAGGAGGACUUCAGCUACCUGGAGGAGUGCAAGCAGCGUGGCCUGCUCAAGGCGAGCACCUUUGAGGAAAUUGCCCAGGAGUUCAAGCAGCGUGCAGGCAAUGAACCGGCUCUAAAAAACCUGAAGAAGCUGUUGACCUAUUGUGAUGAUAUCGAUGUGUAUUACAAACUAGCUUAUGACAACCAGUUCUACGACGUAGUGAACAUGCUUCUGAAGGAUUUCCACAUUGGCAAGAACACACGUGAAAUAAUAAAAUGGUUCUUUGCUUUCUGACCUACAUUGAUAGUGGAGGAAUGUCUCAAAGGUGCAAAGGUGAUCUUAGGACUUUGCACUGCUUUUAGGUCUAACUUUUGUGUCAUUAAACUUUAUUACUAAAUUUAUUAUUCGGGUUAUGAACGGAACAGCGGAGUCUUAAAAGACAGAGACUACAAUCCUGUUGUAGAACUCCGUUAAAUUUUACUGAUCGUAUUGCUUCGUGACUCCUCUGUCUCAAAGUUACAUUUCUCCCAAAUCAUUUUAAAUUCCUUUUACUGUAUGGUGGUUAAAACUACUGUUAAGCCAAGAGCAAGUAACACACUGGCCAAAUGUCAACGCCAGAUUAAGGUUGUCUCUGGCCAGCGCAGUAUUGAAGUCCAGUGCGCAUGCAACAUUUACACAUGCGCACCCUUCAGCCCUUAUUUGCCAACCGUGAAAUUCCCCCAGCAAUUCAUCUCAGAUACAAGGGAAUUGAAAUAACACUUUUUCCAAGGAGAUACAACAGAAAGAUAUCAUGUAAUUUUGUUUUAUUUAACGGCUGUAGCUCUCAAGCGUGUUAAAUUAAAUUGCUAUAACAAA